UUUCCCUUGAAGCCUAGCUCCUCUUGGCUCCCCCAACAGAUCAGCCUGGGGCCUGGGUCGCCAAGCUGGCGGGAAAGAACCGCAACUGAUCCAGCCACCAUGAAGCCCAGGCGGUUUCCCCAGGCCCGGACCCUUCUACCCCGGAACCCUACCCCAAAACCGCCCCCUGCCGCCCACUUCGCACGGAAAUCCACAGGCCCAGUUCCUGACGGAUCCCGCGGCGGUCUUUCAAUGGACGCAGGGUCCCGACAAGACGCAGCGACUGGCGGAGAUGAUGCAGCAGUCCCCACUUUUCCAGCAGCUGCGCAACUUCGGCAGCGAGGUCCUGGAGCGGCGCCAGGUGGCGCAGCUUCCUGCGGGCGCGCUGGUGGAGCUGAGGGGCCUCAGCGCAGCAGCCUACAAUGGCCUGGUGGGCGAGCUGGCCGACGCCAGCCCCGCCGAGCGGGAUCAACACCCUGGCCGGCGCAUCGUCGAGCUGGGGGAGGGAGUCGAGGACUCCACGAGGCUCGCGGUGCAUCCGAAGAACCUCAUCUUCCCUCGGCACAAGCCGGGGGACGCCGUCACCCUGGCUGCGGAGUUUGAGCCCGGCAGCGAGCACGAGGGUUUGGAGGGCCGCGCGGGGGUGAUCUCCAGCCUCACGGAGGAGGAGCGAGGCCUGGGCUUCAGCGAGCAGACGGGGGGCCUGGUGGUGGAUGUCCUCUCCCUGCUGCCGGGGGGGCCGGUGCUGGACCGCGUGUGGCUGUGGCCGGAGCACCUGGCGCGCAGAAACUUCCAGGUCGGGGACGGCGUGCGGAUGCGGGACCUGGAGGCAGACAGCAGCCUGAACGGGCUGCCAGCUACUGUAGAAGCGCCGGGCACUCGCCCCUGGAGCUAUGUGGUCGUCUUAGAUGAUGGCCGACGGCUGGAGGUGAAGUGGCGCAACCUGCUGCUUAGCAGCUGCUCCGUGGCAACUGCUGCCGGCUUGGGCUGAGAGAAAAA